UGUCCUGUGCCAACAGAAGGUUUGGGGACCAUGACUGCUGGGAUUCCUCUAGUCUCAGUCAGACCAUUAAGUAUGGUCUUUUUAUGAGAAUUUGGGGUCUGCAUCCCACUGAUCUCCUGCUCUCUCAGGGGUUCUCUGUUGUGCUCCCUGUCAGGGCAGUCAUCAGUUGUGGCCGGGCACCAACUAGUUCUUCUGGUCUCAGGAUGAUGUAGGUCUCUGGUUCAUGUGGCCCUUUCUGUCUCUUGGGCUCUUAGUUGUUGUGUGACCUUGGUGUUGUUCUUCAUUCUCCUUUGCUCCAGGUGGGUUGAGACCAACUUCUGUUCUUUUUUGAUUGUUGUUUGCUUGAUAUGUAUUUUUUCCAUCCUUUUGAAUUUUAGUUUGUUUGUGUCUCUAAGUCUAAGGUGCGUUUCUUGUGGGCAGCAUAUAGAUGGAUAGUUUUUUUUUUUUUGUCCAUUCUGCCACUUUCUGUUUUGGUGCAUUUAGUCCACUUACAUUCAGCAUUAUUAUUGAUAGGUAUGAGUUCAGUGCUGUUAUUUUGAUGUCCCUGUUUUUAAAUUGUUGACAGUUUCUUUGUUCCACUUGAUUUUCCAUGCUGAGUCAUUUUUCUUUAUGUAUUUUCAUCUUUUUCAGUGUUGUUGAUUUUGUAUUUGCUGAGUCUUUGUAUUUUUCUUGUAGUUUAUUUUGAUGUGUAGGAUCCUUAAUUUCCUUUGUGGUUACCUUAAUAUUUAUCCCUAUUUUUCUAAGUUUGAACCAAUCUUUUAUUUCUUUAUAUCACCUUGACUUCCUCUCCAUAUGAAAGGGCUAUGACUACAUUUUUUAGUCCCUCUUUUUUCUUUUUAAUGUCAUCUUUUACGUAAUGAUGCCUCUGUUUCCCUAUUCUGAGUGUUUUAGCUUUGACUUAUUUCUGUGACUUCCCUAUCUGGGUUGAUAUCUGGUUAUUCUGUCCUGUGUUCUAGUCUUAGGUUGUUGUCUGAUGUUAUUGAUUUUCUAACCAGUGGACUCCCUUUAGUAUUUCUUGUAAUUUUGGCUUGGUUUUUACGUAUUCCCUAAACUUUGGUUUAUCUGAAAAUGUCCUAAUUUCUCCUUCAUAUUUGAGAGACAGUUUUGCUGGAUAUGUAAUUCUUGGUUCUCAGUUUUUUUCCUUCAAGGCUUUGUAUAUGUUGGCUUUGUGUAUGUCAUGUCGUUGCCUUCUUGCCUGUAUGAUUUCUGCUGAGUAGUCUGAGCUUAGUCUUACUGACUCUCCUUUUAGGUGACCUUUCAUUUAUCCAUAGCUGCUCUUAAAAUUUUCUCCUUAUCUUUGGUUUUGGCAAGUUUGAUUAUAAUAUAGCUUGGUGAAUUUCUUUUGGGAUCUACCUUGUGUGGUGUUCGAUGAGCAUCUUGGAUAGAUAGCCUCUCAUCUUUCAUGAUAUCAAGGAAGUUUUCUGCCAACCAAUCUUCAACAAUUCUCUCUGUAUUUUCUGUUAUCCUUGCCUGUUCUGGUACUCCAAUCACUCAUAGGUUAUUCUUCUUGAUAGAGUUCCACAUAAUUCUUAGUGUUUCUUCAUUUUUUUAAAAAUUAUUUUAUCUGAUUUUUCCUCAAAUAAGUUGGUGUCAAGUGCAUUAUCUUCAGUCUUAUUAAUUCUGACUUCAUUGCCUCAAUUCUGUUGCUAUGACUUUCUACUGAGUUGUCUAAUUCUGAAUUUUUAUUGUUAUUCUCCUGGAUUUCUAUGUGCUGUCUCUCUAUGGAUUCUUGCAGCCUAUUAAAUUUGUCAUUAUGCUCUUCUCUAAUUGUCUUAAGUUCCUCUGUUGCUUUUUCUGUGUGCUUCUUUGCUUGUUCUGUGUUUUGCCUGAUUUCCUUCCUGAUCUCUUGAAGAGCUCUGUGUAUUAAUCUUUUGUAUUCUCCCCCUGGUAAUUCCAGGAAGUUCCGUUUAUCCUGAAGAUUUCUUUAUUCUUUGUUUUGGGAGCUUGCUGAAGCAGUUAUGGUCUGCCUCUUUAUGUGAUUUGAUAUUGAAUUUUGUCUUCGAGCCAUCAAUAAGUUAUUGUAUGCAUUUAUUUUAUGCUUGCUUCCUGUGUCCUAGCUUCUUGUUUUGAUAUGCCCAGAUAGGGUACUUGAGUGAGCUAGUUUGAUUAUUGGAGGCUUUGAAGCUCUAAUGUCCUAUCACCAGGUGGUUAGAGAUGUUACUAGGUAUGUGAGCCCAGGAGUCCAUUUACUUUUCUUGUAUGAAUUCAGCUUAGGUGUCCAGGCAGUUGGUUACCAAGUGUGUGGUGCAGGCUCUCACCUGCAGCCCUAGACAGGCAGGAGUGAUUGGUGUAAGCAUAGGUAUCUGGCUGCAGUAGGAGAUCACGUGCUGAGCAAGGCAGGGGCCUGACAGCUGUCCUUGCGUGCCUGUGAGGAAAGCAUUUCCCUGUUCCCGAGAGUGGGUGGGUUUUGCAGCUAGACUGUGGGCACCCAGUGCUAUUGACAAUAAGGACUGGGAGACACCACUUAUUCUUGGACCCCUGUUGCAGGUGGCUAGGUGGAGUCUGUGGAGCCACCAGUCCUCAGGCCCCUGAUGUGGGUAGGUGAGGACCCUGCUUCAUAGGCAGAACGAUGUCAAAUGUCAUAAACCUGCCUUUCCACCAUAUAGCUGAACUGUUGAAGUUAGACUUCAGGUAUAUAUCCUGUUGUGCUGUGCUACUGGGGGCCUACGCUGUUGAAAUGGGCCCACACAGGUCUAUGCAGGAGUGAAAGGCAUUCAAAGUCCACGGACCCCUUACGCCUGUGCCUAGAAAAAAGGGGCUGCGCCUGUCCUGAGUUCCCAACUUAGGAGAGCUUGCAGAUUAUUUUUCCCCUGUUUGUUAAUUUGUUCCUUCUCCAAGGCUGGGAGAAUGGCUCAGGGCACGUGAUGGGUCCUACUGCUGGCCCAGGGGACACGGCAGUCUCUGAAAUCAACUCAGACCCAGUGCAAAGCAGGAAGGGAGCAGAGAGGUGGGAGAGUGUUUUUUCCCCAAAGGGGUGUUUUUUGAUUUGCAUGGUAGGUGAGGCGCAUAUAUUUAUCUUUUACCGAAUGAACGCUGCUUUUCACUGAUUCUGGAGGCGUGAGUAGACUUUUUGCUACUUGGUCUCACCCGAUGUAAAAUGCAUCCCGAAUGCCACUGCUUACCUCACUGCUGGCACCAGCCAAUCCUGGCCUACUGGGUCAGGCCUGGCAACUCCUCGCAGCUUCUGAACUGUCUCUCCCUUCCCAUGCUGGUCAGUGCGAUUCCUCAACUUUGCCUUUGAUGUUCAGGGCUCCUGGAUUGCCAUAUAUAAUCAAUUCACUUGUUUUCUCAGGUCUUUGUUGUAAGAGGGACCACAGGAAGCAUCUGACUACUGCACCAUCUUGGUCCUGCCUCCUCAGAUAUUUUUUAUUACUAGAUAACUUUUCAGUUGAAUAUAAAAACAAUGUUUUUUCAGCUUUAGUAUCUUUGAUACCGUGUUGUACAGUAAAAUUCACCAGUGAAUUAUGUGCCAGUAUUCCUGGUGUAGUGCUUAUCAGAAAGGAAUAUUUACCAAGGAGCCUGUACUUAGUCUAAUGCUUCUGUAAAUUGGUUCCUAAGUUUUGAAGAAUUAUGUAUUGAAGAAUAUACUUCUCCUAUUUUUGUUUUAGUAUUUACACAGAGAUAUCCUAUAGUAAACAUAAUUAGCCUGUUGAUCAGAUUACACUUAUCAAAAUUCUUUUCUUAUAUAUUUUAUUAUGGAGGAUUUCAAAUAUAUACAGAAGUAGAGAGAGUAGUGUAAUGGAUCAUGCAUUCAUCACCCAGCACAAUUAUCAACUCGGUUCAUUUUAUUUCAUGUAUAUUCUACUCCAACUUCAUUCUUUCUUUCUGUAUUAUUUUGAAACAAAUCCCAGACAUUGUAUCAUUUUAUCUGGAAAUAUUUUAGUAUGUAUCUCUUAAAAAGCAAAGGCACUUAAAAAAAAAAAAAAAAACUAACUAUAAUUCUAUAAUCAUGCUUAAAAAAUUAACAAAAAUUCCCUAGAAUCAUCAAAUAUCUUGUCUGUUUUCAAAUUUCUCAAAUGGUCUCAUGAAUUUUUAACUGUUGGUUGAAUCAUAAUUUAAAUAAGGUCUAUAAAUUUCAGAUGCUUAUGUCCAUUAAGUAUCUUUUAAUCUCUAGAUUGCAACCUGCCCACCCAUGCCUUUUUUACUGAAACUUAUUUGUUGAAGAAACUGGAUCAUUUACCCCAUGGAGUUUCCCACAGUCUAGAUUUUGCCUAUUUUAUUCUCUUGGUGUUGUUUAACAAGCUCCUCUGUCCCUUAUGUUUCUUGUAAAUUGGUAGAUCCAGAGGUGUGACCAGAUUCAGGUUUAUUAUUUUUUUUUCUUUUUAGCAUGAAUAUACUAUAGAUAGUGGUGUAUAGAGAAUUUAUGGGUUUUUCUAUGGAAGUAUAUUUAAGGCAAUGGGUUUUGAGUUCUUUUGUAUUUGCACCUCAAAAUAUAUUGUUUGGCUUUCAGACAGAAUUUGUAUCAAGAAAAAAGGGAGAGAGAAAGAGAGACAGACCAGAGUAUGGGGAAAGAAAGAGUAAGGGAACACUUAAAUAUAUUGGUAUAUUUACUGAACAUAAACCUGUAAUUAUACUCCAGUAACUUCUUACCUCUUCCCUAUUAAAAUAAAUGAAGUUAGGACUUCCUGUAUAUGUCUUGAGCCAUAUAGAGACUCAAAGAAAUGUUUAUCUUUAGGAAUUGAAUAGUUGUGUCCAUUAGUAAAAGAAGGAAAUGAUUAUAUUUUGUUGUUAGAAUAAUCUAAAAUACACCAAAUAUAUGGGGAGAAGGUGUAGUAAUCUUGCAUAAUAAACUUAGCCUGUAGUAUUGGAAGUAUCCAAAUGUGAAAUUCUGGGUUAUAUAUCAGGUUAUGUCACUUUGAGUACUAAGGUGUGCUGGACCCAAGCCAUUGUAUUUUCAGUUACCUCGUAUGCAUACAAAAGUUAAUCAAUGAAUAAAGAAGACUGAAGAAGAAUUAAUUCAUUUGAAUUACGGUGUUGGGGAAGAAUAUUUCAUAUACCAUGGACUGCCAGAAGAACAAAUGAAUCUGUCUUAGAAAGAAGUACAGCCAGAAUGUUCCUCAGAAGUGAGGGUAGUGAGACUUUGUCUCAUGUACUUUGGACGUGUUAUCAAGAGGGACCAGUCCGUGGAGAAGGAUAUCAUACUUGGUAAAACAGAGAGUCAGCAAAAGAAAGGAGGGCUCUCAAUGAGAUGGCUUCACACAGUGGCUCCAACAGUGUAACAUAGCAACGAUUGUGAGGAUGGCACAUGACUAGGCAAUGUUUGAGUCGGAACCGACGUGACGGCACCUAACAACAACAAUAACAUGAAUUAGAUCUGUGUAGUAACAUCAAUUUCUCAUAUGCAAGUUCAAGUCGAAGUUGAAAAAAAAUUAAAACAAGUCCAUGAGAACCAAAGUACGACCUUGAAUAUAUCCUACCUGAAUUUAGAGACCAUCUCAAGAAUAGAUUUGAUGCCUUGAACACUAAUGACCAAAGACCAGACAAGUUGUGGAAUGUCAUUAAGGACAUCAUACAUGAAGAAAAUAAAAGGUCUUUAAAAAGACAGGAAAGAAAGAAAAGGCCAAAAUGUGUAUCAGAAGAGUCUCUGAAAUUUGCUCUUGAACAUUGAGUAGCUAAAGCAAAUGGAAGAACUGAAGUAAAAGAGCUGAACUGAAGAUUUCAAAGGGCAGUUUGAGAAGAAAAAAAUAAAGUAUUAUAAUGAAAUGUUUAAACAACUUGAGUUAGAAAACCACAAAGGAAGAACACGCUUCGUGUUAAUCAAGCUGAGAGAAUUGAAUUAAAAAUUGAAGCCUUGAGUUCCAAUACUGCAGAAUUUUAUGGGGAAAAUAUUGAGUGAAAGAUGGAAGUAAUACACAGAGUCACUGUUUUAAAAAGAAUUGGUCGAUAUUCAACCACGUCAGGAGGUAGCAUGUGAUUAAGAACCGAUGGUAUUGAAGGAAGAAGUCCAAGCUGCACUGAAGGGGAUUCUGCCUGGUUUAAAAUCAGGAAAGGUGUACGUCAAGGUUGUAUCCUUUCACCAUACUUAUUUAGUCUAUGUGCUGAGCAAAUAAUAUGAGAAGCUGGACUAUAUAAAGAAGAAUGGGGCAUCAGGAUUGGAGGAAGACUCAUUAACCACCUGUGAUAUGCAGAUGACACAACCUUGCUCACUGAAAGUGAAGAGGAUUUGAAGCCUACAGCCUCACUAUGGAUUAUACCUCAAAAUAAGGGAAACAAAAAACCUCACAGCUGGACCAAUAAGCAACAUCAUGAUAAACGAAGAAAAUACUGAAGUUGUCAAGGAUUUCAUUUUACUAGGAUCCACAAUUAACACCCAUUGAAGCCUCAGCCAAGAAAUCAAAGGAAGUACUGAAGUUGUCAAGGAUUUCAUUUUACUCGGAUCUACAGUUAAUACCCAUUGAAGCCUCAGCCAAGAAAUCAAAGGAAGUAUUGCAUGGGACAAAUCUGUUGCAAAAAAAAACCCCAGUGCUGUUGCAAAAGACCUCUUUAAAGUGUAAAAAAGCAAAGACGUCAUUUUGAUGCAUCUGACUCAAGCCACAGAUUUUUUCAAUCACCUCAUAUGCAUAUGAAAGCUGAGCAAUGAAUAAGGAAGACCAAAGAAGAAUUGAUGCAUUUGAAUUGUGGUGUUGGAGAAGGAUAUUAAGUAUACCAUGCACUAUCAGAAGAACAAGCAAAUCUGUCUUGGGAGAAGUACAGCCCGAAUGCCCCUUAGAAGUGAGGAUGGAGAGAUUUCAUCUCAUAUACUUUGGACAUGUUUUCAGGAGAAAACAGUCCUUAGAGAAAGACAUCAUGCUUGGUAAAGUAGAGGGUCAAUGAAAAAGAGGAAGCUCCUCAAUGAGAUGGAUUGACACAGUGGCUCCAACAGUGGGCUCAAUCAUAGCAAGGAUUGUGAGGAUGGUGCAGGACCUAGCAGUGUUUUGUUCUGUUGUACAUAGAGCUGCUAUGAGUUGAAACUUACUGGAAAGCACCUAAUCAGAGAUUAGUGGUGGUGGUGGUUGUUGUAUGACAUUGAAUAGAUUCUAAUUUGUAGCAACCCUAUAGGACAGGGUAGAACUGCCCCAUGGAGUUUCCUAGCCUGUAAAUCUUUGCAGGAGAAGAUUGCCAGAUCUUUUCUCCCAUGGAGCAGCUGAUGGGUUCAAACCACUGAUAUUUUGAUUAGCAACCCAGUGCUUAACCUUUGUUGCAUCAGGGCUCCUUGUUCAUAGGUUAAGGUAAGGCAAUUUAAUAACAGCAGAAGCAAAGAACAUUUAAAGGUAAAAGAUAGCAUUGGCUAUGGUAUCUUAAUAAUUAUUCACUGAAAAAAUUCAGAGAGAGACUGAGAGCCAGGAAGUGAGGUCAAAUAUGAUACCCAUGUAGAGGCUCUCCGUGGCUGAGACGUCUCUUCUGGGAAGAGUAUUGGAUAAGCCUGGAUUUGAAAACACUUCUGCCCUUACUUAACCUUGAUGAAUUUUAGUGCUCUUAUUUCUAAAAUGGGCGACUAUGAGGAUUAGAGCAAUAUACGUAAAAUUUGUAGCACAGUUCAUGGCAUAUGCUCAAUAUUUUUUUCGUUCCAGCCCCUCAUUGACAGCCCCUUGAGGCUUGAGUUUUCAUUAGACGUUAAUAAUUUAAUGAAGCUCUAUCUGUAUAAUAAGGUCCCUGUGUGGCACAAAUGGUUUAUACUUGACUACUAACCUAAAUUUUGGUGGUUCAAACCCACCCAAUGGUGCUGUGAAAGAAAGGCCUGGUGAUUUGCUUCCAUAAAGAUUACAGCCAAGUAAACCCUGUGGAGCAGUUCUACUCUGUAACACAUGAGGUCACCAUGACUUGGAAUUGACUCGAUGGCAACUGGUUUGAUUUUGGUUAGGUUCUGUAUUAGCUAUUAUUAUUAAUUAAAUAUGUGCUUAAUUUACUUUUUCAGCAGUUUUAUCUUGUUUUUCUUUUCAAUUUAUUACUUCUCUCUCUCUGUCUCUUUUUCUCUUAUUAUAUCCUGAAUUAAAGAACCACGAUAGAUAUUAAGCCAAUCAUACGUGAACUGAAUGUUCCCAUCUAACUACCUAACCAUGAUCUUCAUAUUCUGGAAAGUUCUCACUGGUUGAAUCUUACUGGCUACCAGCUACACUGAUAACCUCUAUUACGGUUAACUUCCAAACAAGAGUUAAGAAAAAAUUUAAGCAUUUCAAAAUAACAAAAGUGUUAUAAAAAUGGACCUAGUCAUCAUUUAUCCAUUAUUUGGUUAAAGAAGAUGUCAUACUAAAAUAUAUAAAAAACUUACUACAACCUUGUUUUUGAAUAGCAUAUUUGAUAGAGUAAUUUAAUAAUUUAUUUGGAAUCGACUGGACAGCACUGGAUUACUGGGUUACAUACCAAAUAGCAGAAUCCUUUGUUAUAACAAAAACUGUUCGCUUCAGUUGGCAUAUAUGUGGAUAUCUUGAAAGAAUUUUGUAUUUUUUAUGCUUCAUUGGACAUCCAUGUACUUUGGCCAAAGUAGAGUGUUCAUGCAUGCAGAAUUGAAUAGAAUAAUAGCAUUUCACUUGUCAAUAAAAGGUAAUUUUCAAGGCAUUAGAAUUGCAUUGUUGCUUCGAGUGAAUUUAUUAGGUGUUUUUUUUUUUGAUAUUUUAUUAACACUGGGUUCCUCAUAUGAACAUUCUGUUAUUGCCCUUAUUUUUGUUUAUUUUGGCCCUGAAUUCUUUUUUUACAUUAGAAAAAUGCAGCAGCUUCAUAUCUUAUCAAUAGAUCUUUAACAUAUCUCUUCCUCAUUACUUUAUUAUACUUUAACGCCCCUUGAGCAAAAUAGUCUGCUACCUUCUAUUUUAGUUAUAAUUUUAUAGAACUCUAUUAUGUCUAUUAUGGAGACCCUGGUGGCGUAGUGGUUAAGUGCUAAGGCUGCUAACCAAAGGGCAAGCAGUUUGAAUCUACCAGGCACUUUUUGGAAACUGUGGGGCAGUGCUACUCUGUCGUAUAUGGUCACUAUGAGUCAGAAUCGACUCUACAGCAAUGGUUUUUUUUUUGUUUUUUUGGUUUAUUAUGUCAUAUUAUCCUAGCUGGAUUAAAAGUUUCUAGAAGGUAGAUAUCAUUAUUAUUUUUUUAAAUCUGCUGGAGUCUCUACAGAACAUGAAGUUUGUACAUAGCACUCUUAAUGAAUGUUUGUUUGGUAGAUCGAGUGGAUUAAUUGCAACUGGUUUUCCACAGAUUGAUGUCACUUCACUAUUGCAACUUACUUGGAAGUUCGGGUUUCUUUUUCUUUUUUUUUUUUUCACUGUAUUAAGUGACUUUGAAAUUAAUUUAACUUUGGUUGGCUUCUCAGAUUGGCCUUUUAAGUUUUGCAUUGUAAAAUUAAGCUUAUUUCUGUUGCACAAAAUAGCUUUAUUUGUUACUAGACGUUUCAUUAAUUUUUUGGGGGAAGACUGUUCAACUGAGAUUCAUAAGGCUUUACUGGCCAGUUUUUUUUAACAUAUAGAGCACCAGGUCUUUCUUCCUAGUCUGUCUUAGUCUGGAAGCUCCACUGGAACCUGUCCACCAUGGGUGACCCUGCUGGUAUUUGAGAUACUGGUGGCAUAGCUUCCAGCAUCAGAGCAACACGCAAGCCAUCACAAUAUGACAAACUGACAGAUGAGCUGUAGGUUUGUUACUAGACAUUUCAUUAAUUCUUUUGGGGAAGACUUUGAUUUAAAAAAAUGGUUAUUUCAUAUGUUUCCUAAAGCAUCUAACAUUUCCAAGUUUGCCCUAAUGAGAAAAUCAUUCUUGAUAAUUCUGGAUUUUGAAGAUUGCGGAUGGCUUACUGUGCUUUAUUGUGAUAAACGUUUUUAAUUCAGUGCUAUUUUAGAAUCCUUGGAAGAAUUCUAGUAAUCUUUUCAGGAAGAAAGGCCUGACUACUUCUGAAAAUCAUCCAGUGAAAACCCUAUGGAUCACAACAGUACAAACAGUGGUCCAAUUCGCAAAUGAUCAUUGGGUAGCUUUUUGUUCCAUUGUGCGUGGGUCACCAUGGAUUGGGGGAAGACUUGAUGGCAGCUAAUAACAACAACAAUCUUUUUAGGAUUUAGUUUCAAAGAUGAAGUUAGUUACAGCAAUAGAAAGACCACUGAUUCGUCUUUCUGAUUAAUAGGAUCAUGUAAAGAGGUGCUUUCUUAACUGUGUGACCUUAGUGCCACUUUUGUGGGUAACUUUUUGUUGCCAGACACUACCAUCUCAUGUUGUGGAAACACAGCCUCCACAUUUGUGAUACCUUGUUAAUAAUUGACUUCUAAUAUGGAUUAACUUCAUUGUUUGCUUCAUUCAAAUGUUAUAGAGGCCAAAACUUGGAAAGCCAACAGAGUGGUACUGGAAUUUUGAAGCUCUCAAAAUCCUAUUUCAUUGAGUCACUAGGCACGUACUUUAAGUUCCUUUCGGAGUCAUUCAGUGUGAGUAAUUCAGCUCGGGGCCUGUCGUCGAUUGAAUUGUGUACUCCAAAAAUAUGUGUCAACUUGGCUAGGCCAUCAUUCCCAGGAUUGUGUGAUUGUCUUCCAUUUUGUGAUCUAAUGUAAUUUUCCUGUAUUUGGUAAAUCCUAAUCUCUGCCUGUGGUUAAUGAGGCAAGAUUUGGUUAUGUUAAAGAGGAUUAGGGUGAGAUAUAACAUCGUUAACUCAGGCCAUAUCCCUGACCCCAAGUAAGGGGAGUUUCCCUGGGAUAUGGCCUGCGGCACCCUUUAUCUUCCAAGAGAUAAAAGGGGAGGGAAGCAAGCAGAGAGAUAGGGACCUCAUUCCACCACGCAAGAAGAAUGAGGAACAUAGCACAUCCUUUGGACUUGAGGCCCGUGUGCUGAGAAGCUCCUAGACCCAAGGGAAGAUUGAUAACAAGGACCUUCCCCCAGAGCUGAGAGAGAGAAAGAAAGCCUUCCCUUGGAGCUAACGCCCUGUGAGAGAAUAAAUUUCUCUUUGUUAAAGCCAUCCAUUUGUCAUAUUUGUGUUAUAGCAGCACUGGGUAACUAAGACAGGGCCUCUUUGGUCAGAGGGUAGAGCUGAUUAUUCUCAUAUACUCCCUAAAUCAGACCCUCUUUUCAGUGGGGAAUAAUGUGAUUGACAACUAGGCUCCUUAGAAACUGAUCAUAAUCUUGUUUUCCAGACUUCUGGGCCUUGAGAGAAUGAAUAGAUUUUGACAAGUAUAGGCUGGAUGUGGAUAUUUCAGGAGAGUGAAGGACAUGAACAAAGGGACAACGGUGAUCAGAGAAUGGAGAGAAAAGUAAGCAGAAUCUGUCUUGCUUCGGAACCCAAUAUAAUUCAUUUUCUACAAGUAUCUUGGGAGAAGACACUAGGAUCUGGUUUUGAUGUUAUACUUACUGAUGGUCAGUCAGUGUGGACUGGGACAGGGUUAUAUCACAGGGUUCAGUCACAAAGUUGGCUAAUGAUUGAUGAUAAUUAUGUGACUUUCAUAAGAAUUGUUACCGACAGUAAGAAACUUACAUCACCCAUCUUUGGAAUUAUAUGGAUACCUUCCAAGACUCUCUGUCGUGGGACUUCCAGACACGUGAUCACACACAGACCAGAGUUAGGAAAAGUUUCUGCAUCAGAGAUUUCCCGAGAAGCCGAUGACAUGGCAAUGGAAAAAGAGAAAUAUGUUGAUGAGCUGAGAAAAGCAUUGGUGUCAGGAGCAGGACCAGCUGACGCAUACAAGUUUAAUUUUUCUAAAGAGUCUAGUCAUUUCUCCUUUGAGAAAAACCUGAAAAAUGUUUCAUUCAGGCUUGGUUCUUUCAACCUAGAGAAAGUUUCAAGCCCAGCUGAGGUCAUUAGAGAACUUAUUUGUGACUGCCUGGACACCAUUGCAGAAAACCAAGCCAAAAACCAGCACCUGCAGAAAGAAAAUGAAAGGCUUCUGAGAGAUUGGAAUGAUGUUCAAAGACGAUUUGAAAAAUGUGUGAGUGCUAAGGAGACUUUGGAGGCUGAUCUUUAUAAACGGUUUAUUCUGGUGCUGAAUGAGAAGAAAGCAAAGAUCAGAAGCUUACGUAAAUUGCUAAGUGAAGUUCAAGAACUAGAAAAGAACGCUGAGCAUGACAGGGGAACUGCAACCUGUUCUCAGUUGAGUGCUGGCAGAGAUGCAAUAUAUGAUGAAAGUACUGAUGAGGAAGGUGGAAACCAGCCUGAGCCCUCUGUGUUAUCUCCAGCCACUUUAAGAAAAGAUGAUUCCAUUUUUUCAAGUGCUGAUAUGGCUGAUAUUGCACCAAGUAGAAAAAGGAGACAGCGGAUCCAAAAAAAUCUCGGAACAGAACCUAAAAUGGCCUCUCAGGAGCAUCAGCUUCAAGAAAAGGAAAAGCAUGAUCCUUCACUACCUCAGACACUGAAAAAGGAGCACAGCUCAGCUGAAAACAUGUCCUUAGAAACUCUAAGAAACACCAGUCCAGAAGACCUCUUUGAUGAGAUUUAACUGUCUCAGAAAAGUACUUUGAUGUUUGCUUGAUUAUGUUUUCUAUUCAUUUCUUUAAACUGAAAAAGCAAAAUUUCAGCUCAGCAGCAGCUAUUACUGCACCUUACAGUUUAAUUACAUACACACUGAAUUGAAACCAUUGUGCAAAAUGGAUUACACAUGUAUAUGAAGAUAUGAUUUGAUGACAGUGGCACAUUAUUCUAAACUAUUCAUUCACCAUGCCUAUAAUUACAUAAAACCUCAGACUUUUUGUUGCAGAAGACACAUUUAUCCUUAUUCACUUCACACAUAUAAUAUGUGGUAGCUGUCUAACAACCUGUCUAGGAAGAUUUGGAAAUAGGACAAAGAAAUCAUCUUUUAAUAAAGGUCCACAGUUCUUUUCUGAAUAGUCAUAUUCUGAACAAUGAUGUUUCAGCAUUUUGGGGGGGCAUAAUGUCUGAAAUCUGUUCUUAGUUUGUACAUAAACAAUCAAAAUAUCUGAUAAUGAAAUUUCUAAGGCACUGAAGAUUUUACGUUUUUUGUAAAAUUUGUCACGGAGCUUAACUUGUUCAUUUCCUAUAGUAACAGACCUUUAUGAAGUGCUUAUUAAUGUAACAGUAGUGUCCUUUUUGUUUAAAAAGCAUAUUUUUCAAGGAUUAUUGAUAAAAGAUAUUUAUUUUACAUAUACAAGGGCCCUCCUGGAAGACAGGGACUUUGUCAUAUUCAGUGAUCAAUUCUCAGUGACAUUUGGCUCUAUUUUUAUUAGUAUUCACUUUUUCUACAUCCUAAUCUCUCAUUCUAUCUUCAGUUCUCUCCAACUGAACGUUCAUUUCCUCAAUGAUAUGCAAAGUUAACAAUGACCACCAUGUUGCUAAAUAUAAUGGUUGAUUCUCAGCCCUGCUUUUACUAAGCCUCUCAGCCACAUUUCACACAUUUGAUCCCUCCUUCUUCAGGAAACAUUUUCUUUACUUUACUUCUGCAGUGCCAUAUGCUUUUUGUAUUCCUCCUUCUUUUUGGCCACUUUUUUUUAGAUUUCUUGGCUGAGUCCGUUUCCUAUGCCCAAGAGUUAAACAUCGGAAUCCCCUGGCGUCAGUCUUCACUGUUCUUCUCUUCAUUACCCACAUUGUUGUCUUUCUAGGUUAUUUGUGGCUUUAAAUAUCAUAUAUACACUAAUAUCACCAAAAUUGGUAUAUUUCUGUCUAUAUAGUCAAAUAUACAUACGUACAUAUGUUAUAGAUGUGUAUGUAUACACACACACAUAUAUAAAAUUUAUGAUUUAUGUAUUGCAGAAGAAGUUUCUAAAUAUUUCUUUGUAUCAAAUUUUGGCACAUCUUGGCAUCUUUUUUCAAAUUCAGAUACAUACAUCUGUCUACUUGAUAACUUCAUUCCCAUCCAAAGCAAAGAUUUCAUUAUAUCCUUACCAUCAUUUCUUUCUCAGCCUUCCCUGUCCAGUAAACUUCAGUGCCAUUUACCUAGUUGCUUCAAACUAAAACCCCAGGAAUCGUCUUGUGCCUCUCCUCCCAUCCCCCAGCUCUGUUGUUUUUACCUCCAAAAUACAACUUGAUUCUAUCUGCUUCUCUCUAUCUCUACUACAUCUGCCUCCUGACUGGCUUCCCUGCUAAAUUCUCUACUCCCCUACAACCCAGCCAUGCAAUUUUUAAAAUCUUAAAUAAGAUCAUUUCACUGCUGGGAUUAAAACCCUCUAACCCACUGCUCUUUGAAUAAAAUCCAUACCCCUUACCAUGACCUACAAGGUCUGAUACGAUAAGGCCACUACCCUCCCAACCUUACUUCACACUCCUUUCUCUUAACUCACCUUGCCCCUUUCCUGCCUGUCAGGUAGGCCAGAUCUCAGAACCCUCAUCUGGAAUCUCAUCUUCACAAGACUGGUUUCUUCUUAUCUUUCAAAUAGCAAAUCAAAUGUUACCUCCUCAGAGGUACCUUCCCUGAAACACUCUUUAAAGUUGUGCUUCUUACCAGUCACCCUCUGUCCUAUUAGCAUGUUUUGUUUUGUUUCACUGUGCAUAUCUCUCUGCAGUUACUUUUUCACAUCUUUCUCUCCCCGUAGAAUGUAAGCCCCAUCAUAGCAGGGACAUGUCUAUCUGCUUUAUCUCUCUAUACCCAGCACCAAGAAUAAGGCUGGGUUCAUAGGAGCUUUGUAAGUAUUUGUUGAAUGAAUAAAUGAAUUUUGAUCACAAAGUAGACACUCCAAUUUUUCUUUAAGUUAUUUAACCAUUUUGAAAAGAAGCUCAUUGAAAGAGUAGAAUCUAGCAUGAUGAUUUGAUACAAGGAAAUAAUUGUUCAGAGAGGUCAAGUGCCUUUUGUGAUAAAUUAGUUAUAAAUUAUAUAUAUGUAUGUAUUAUGUAUAUAUUUAUAAGUCUGACUAUAAAGAGAAAAUAAGAAAGGAAUUACACAUUAUUAUUUAUAUCAAGAACAAGAUUUGACCAAGUCAAUGGAAUGACAAAGUAUUUUAAAGAGAAAUUUUAUUGCAUUUUAUUUCAUAGUGGCUUAAAUUUAAGAGGAAAAAUUAAAAUUAAACAUAAAAUGUAAAAAUAUAAAUAUAAAAUAUAAAUUUGUAUUCAGCUAUAUUAAGAUGUCACUAUAAUAUUGAGCUUUAUAUAAUCCAAACUUGUAUCUAUUCAAGAAUUUUGUACGUAAAGCACCAGAAUCUUAAUAUUAUCUCACCUGCAUAGACCACAAACAGAGCCAGUGUAUCAUUGACCUAAAUCAGUAUCCCAAUCAGUAUACAACUGCCAAUUAUGUGUGUGUGUUUUAAGUGUAGAGAAGAAGAAACAGAAAGGAAUUUUGGGUUCCCUCUCACUAGUAGUGGGAAGGAGGUAUAGGGAAAGUGUUUCGUAAUCAGUCGUAACAAUGCAGAGUCUAUAAAGUUCAUAUUAUUUAGAAAACCGUGACUGUGUUUUUUUCAGCACAGUGGAUCUUUUCAACCAUUGCUGUGCAUCAGGUUGAUUUGGUUGUUUAGGACAGAGCAUAAUAAGCCCAUAAUUAUGGGUUUCUCCUUUAUAUUUAGUGCAGAAAAACCGAAUAGAUGAUUUUAUAUUUCUUGCCCUGUGUAGAUAGAUAGUUAUAGAUUUGAUAUUAAGAUGUCCAGAUCUAGUCAUUCCACACCAUGUUUUUCCUCACAUAUCUCCAUCAUCUGUACUCUAAAACAGAGCCCUGGUGGUGCAGUGGUUAAGAGAUUGGCUGCUAGCAAAAGGUCAGCAGUUCAAAUCCACUUCUUGGAAAUUCUGCUCCUUGGAAACUCUAUGGAGCAGUUCUACUCUGUCUUAUAGGGUCACUAUGAGUUGGAAUCAACUCAAUGGCAAUGAGUUUGUUUUUUGCUUAUUUGUUUGUUUUUGGUAUACUCUAAAACAGAUUGUUGUGCAAAGAACACUGAACUGAAAAUCAGAAGAAAUGAGUCCAAAUGCAACUUGGCUUUUUUGACGUUAGUACCCUCACCUCUAAAACUAGGAGAUUGCAUCACUGAAGCAUUUUGUUUUUUCUAUUUUUCAGCUUAAAUUUAAAUAAUUCUUAACCCUUCCAUCAGAUGAUAUGGCUCAGGCCUCAUUAGGGAAAUUUCCUGAAAGAAAAAAGUCCCUUCUCAGGAAGGGAUGUCUUCAUUACAUAGUUUUAAAAGGUCAGGAAACUACUGUAGAAAAUAUUUUUCUUAGUGGCCUAUAACUGAAAUUUAUAAAAUACUAAACCCUGUGUUUUUGAGCCAAGCAGCUCUUUAUUGGGCUUAAGUUUGAUUCAACAGAUGUUUAGUAAGGAUCAGUUAUGCACAAAAUAUAUAACUGGGCCAUGUGGAGAACUUAAGGAUAAAUUCAGCUAUUCCACAAAAUAUCAGUGAGCAUUUGUGCAAAGCUCUGUUCUGGUCACUAGUGGUGUGGCAGUGAAUAAUACAGCAAGUACUCUGUUCUUGCUGAGCUUAUAUUCUAGUGAAUAAAACAUGUGGCCUGCUCUCAAAUAAUUGAGGAUAUGGGAUGGAGUGAGGAAAAAGAUUCAGGCCUGAAACGACCAUAGAAUGAACUAUUAUAUAAAGCAAUGGUAGGAUAUGUGGCAUUAAGAGAAGAUUAAAAACUUACAAGUUAUGGGUGAGGAUCCAUAGAAGACAAAAGACCCAAUGGGGAGGUUAAUAGAAAUUGGGAGGGGUUGGUGGAGUGAUCUGAUGAUAAGGCCACCUGCCUUGGAUCAGAUGAGAGUAGAGAAGGUGUUGGGCUGGGGAAAGGUGUGGGCUUAAUGCCUAAGUUUGUAAUUGUGGGUCAUCAGAAUGAAGAAGACAAGUUAGAAGAUAUCCACAAGGAAUGUUAACCAAGGGCAUUUAAGAACGUCAACAGUGAACCAAGUGUGUAAUAAAGACAUGUCAAGAAUUAAGCUCCACAGUUCUAACUGGUAUUUCCUUGCAAGGUAUGAGCUGUCAAGAAAACUUAAGGUCAUGACCCAUCCUGGACUUCUGGGAAUGGAAAAGGAAGGGGCCAUCAAGGGGCCUUCUGAUAGACACUGCCCAGAGGAGAAGUCAACCCCCAUCCUUUCAUGGCUCUGUCAUUCUUAUACUUGGUAUUAUUUAUAGAAUCCAUUUUUAACAAAAUGAAAUUAAAUAUCUGACAUCUAAACUCAUGAAAGACCUCAUGAACUUACCUACAAGUCAUGAAAUCUAAAAAAAAAAAAAAGAUAAUUAACAUAUUUUAUACUCAUUUCAGUGAUUUUGUAAGGGAGAAUGGCAAUCACAAAAGAACUAUUCAUGCAUCCAUUUGUAGCUAUUGUUUGAAUUAAAAAUUUUCACUGCUUAUCUGACAGCUUCUAAUAAAUACCUUUCAAGAGCAGAUUUCAUUUGGGAGUGUUCUAUCAGCUGAUUUGAAAUGGGUUUCUCUGUAUUUUAAUAACUGGAAAAAGAUAUCUUAAACAAUACAUUAGAACAAGUGUUUGGUUGCUUCAUUAACUGACCACCACCUCUUGCCGUAAUUUCCGACGCUUAACCACUCAACCGAAAACACUCUUCAGCCUACUUUCUACUCGUUUUUUCCCUUUCAAAUACCUCAAAUCCUCUCUUCUACCCACUAUUGUCCUCUCCAACUUGCCUCUCUUCUAUAUGAAUACAAUUCAGUAUGGAUUUUAUUAUUCAUAUGUUGAUUUUUCCUUCCUUUUUCCAAGGCGCGUUAUAGUAGCCUUCCAUCUCCCAAUUUCAGAGAGAACUAUACUUUUUGAUUGUGGUUCUCUUUGGCCCAAGACUCCUUCUGGUCCUGCAGGGAAGGAGAGAGAGAUUACGGCCUUAUACCCAUCGUAAUAUUGGAUGUUCCUAUUAAGGGCAGGAGCAAUUUUAGUGUCCACUGUUCCAGUAAAUGGAAUAUAGUCUUGUCAUGAACCACUUACUUUUGAUUUAGAGACAGUUUCCAAUGUAACUGCUAUCUUAGAAACAAUAUAGCCAGUCAAAAAAAUAUAGGUGGAUUAAACAAUUUUUAUGGUGCCUGCUCGCACAAGACUCUUCUAGGAAUCUGUCUUACCGUAUAUUCCUCCAAAGGCAGAGCCUGAGACAAAGGCUUGCACACAGCUAAUUUAUCUGCGGAUGUGAUCAUAGGGAGCAGGAGUGCAGGAAAGGGAGGUUAAAACAGGAAAGAAGGAAAAGCCAAUGCAAGAGUGCUUUAUUAAGCCCACUGCCCUUGUGGAUGACUGAUGCUCUCUCCCACUAGGAUCUUCUGAGGAAUCUUCCAAAAGGUUCUCAGAACUGUACGCCCAGGGAUGAGAAGGAUUCAUUUAUUGGUUGCAGUUCCCCAUUGGUCAAGGGUGGCCUGGCAGAAUUGGCUUCACUAUACGUAUGUCUGGGUUGCCAUAUGUGAACACACAGCAGAUUCCUGCAGUCGAUCCAUGCUGCAGUCUUAGGGAAGGGGAAGGGCAGAAAACAAGAGUCACAAAGGUGCCAGUUGUACUUACGUAAAGUAUGGCAAAGCCUGCCCAGAACUGAUUGCCAACCAGUGGCUGACAAUUGACACGGGGCCCGGAAGACUUUGAAGCAGUGUACAAGGGGUGUUCGAUAUAGUAUCCAUGUUUUAUAGACAUGACCCUGUCCCACUUCCCAGCCCCAGCCGUAGCUGAUUAGAUCUCAGGGAAGAAAUGCAACCCAUAGCCUGGCUGAACUUGGGUUCAGUGAAGAAGCAGAUCUAUAAGUUAGCAGAGAAAGAUAACUGGGAGUGAGAGAAAAGAGCAGAUAGGUGCUGAGAAGCAGAGGUGUCAUGUGACCACAGAGAGAGCUUUGAAGAGUAGUUAGUACCUAGGAUAUUAGCGCCAGUUUCAGUCCAUGCAUAUCCUUACAAUCCGUGGUCCCCUUUUUGAGGUUUUAUUAAGGGAGCUGUUCUUUAAAACAAACAGUUAACUAAUAGGGAAAUUGAAUGUAUUCUCCAGAGAAAGUUUCAAUUAAUUUUCAGCAUUUUCAAUUAACAAGUUGUCACUAGUUAAUAUUGCUAUCGAAAGAAUAUUUUGGGAGACCUGUAGCCUGGAUUGGAAACCCUGGUGGUGUAGUGGUUAAGUGCUACGGCUGCUACCCAAAGGGUCAGUAGUUCGAAUCUGCCAGGCGCUCCUUGGAAACUCUAUGGGGCAGUUCUACUCUGUCCUAUAGGGUCACUAUGAGUCGGAAUCAACUCGACGGCACUGGGUUUGGUUUUUUGGUUUUCUGGGUAGCCUAGAUUGGUAUAGACAAUUAAACUUUGAAAUAUAAUGGUGAUAUAAAAUCACUUUUAUAAUUAAAAUUCAUAUAAAUUUUAUAUGUAUUUCUUAAAUUCAUUAAAAUGACAUUACAUCCAGCUAAGUCUUAUCUCCGUUAGAUAUGUCUUCAGAUCACUGACAGAUUUUAAUGGUAGUAGUACGAAUUGUCUGCGAUCUUUGCAAACAUAGGAUAAUACUGUAAUUUCUUUUUAAGCCUGUGAUUUCACAAAGUUGUCCCAACUGGUAGAAUAUAUGCACAUUAGUGGUACAAUUUUUAUUUGGUCUUAUCAAAUAAUCAAAGACCUACCAUAUUUUUAUGCAAAUAACAUAAGCCUUCUAUAUUUGUUUGCCUACUGCCCCCCCCCCAAGUAUUUUCACAAGCACCACAAUGCCAGUUGUUUUUUACAUGUUGCUUUUUUUUUUCUGGGUAGGGUUAAAGACAAAAAUUAGCAUAGAGUGCUGAAGAAAAUACCUGGAGCGGGAGGGGCAGUUGGCAAACAAACAGAAGUCAUUACUUGCAUAAAAAUAUGGUACUUUCAAGAUACAACAUUUUUAUGUGAUGACAAAGGUUUUUGUUGUUAUUAUUGUUUUUUCUGUUACUCUCAAUUAUCAAAAACCUUAUGAGCAUUCCAGAACCUCUACUGGGAUGCAAUGAUGGUAGUGAUGACGGGAAGGUUAUUCUUAGAAGUGAUGAUUUUGCCAUUAUUCUUUGCAAAUAUUUAGGGUAUUCAGAUAUGAAAAUGUCCAGGUCCUCCUACUGAAUAACAAUGGAAACAAUCUUGGUCCACUCCCCCAAAAGAUACUCAUCACAAAUGAUUUAUUUUAUAUAUAUAUGUAUAUGUAUGCGUGUAUGUCUGUAUGUAUUUGUAUCUGAGGAACUAAGUUUACUAUGGAAGAUUAGACUAUUGCCAUUAAAUAUUUAUUCCCCACCACCAUCAUUGCAUUGAAUUGCUUUGGCCAAAUGAAUGCACUAGAAAUAACAACGUAGCAGUUGUGAGCCUAGGAGUUAAGAGUUGUUACCUGAUUCUGCUUGUCCCUUUGGGAACUUCCAACUACUUCUGUGAGAGGAACAUGCCCCAGGUAGCUGAUGCUCCUUUAGCCUGGAGCCAGAACCCACUACCAUGCGGUCUUCAGGAGACCUGUUCACUGGGUCCAGGCUACAUAAACUGAACCACCGUCAACCAUGCUGACCAAUGAGCAUGAGAAUAAAUGCUUGCUAUCAAAAUCCACUGAGUUUUGGGGUGGUUUCUUACGUAGCAGUAUUUUUACAAUAGCUAACUAAUACAAUUACUUAUAGAAUAAAUUUAAAGAGUCAAUUUUACAACAUUUGUAGGGAGCUCUUAUAAACAGUAUAUACUUGGGACAAAAAUCAGAUGUCUUCUUUCUGGAAACUAGUAGUAAAGUAAGUAGGAACUAAUAAUGCAUUUGAGGACAAGAUCAGGCCAAGUUUCAGCCCUGUCUCUGCCACAUGUAAACUACAAGUUACUGCUUUUUGCUGAGCUUUAGUUUGCUCAUCCAUACAAUGGGCAUUAAAUGAGAUAAUGCACAUAAAGCACUUAGCACAGUGCGUAGUACACAGUAAGUGAUGCACGUAUGGAAGCUGUCAUCAUGGUUGCUAUUAUUACACAAUAAAAUCAACCGUAAUGGAUCAGCACAGAGUUUUGUACAACCAGAUUAUCAGCUAAAUUAACCCUGUCUUUGAAAUGUAUUAGCUCGAGCUCCCUAUCCUUGGUCCUUUCUAAAGCCUGAUGCUCUUCCCAAGAUUUUGUGAAUUCCUGUGUGAUAUAUUUUCAUAGUCACUUCUCUGAAUUCCACUGGACUCUCAGUGUCACUCGUGUUUUAUCAACCCUAACUUUUUCCUUUCUCAGCUCCAUUCCAACCGAGGCAUGGAACGCAAUCCCUUUUCUUUGAUCCCUAACAGAAAUAUGCAUAAGUCUCUGUGCAUAGCAGAGUUUAUUGAAGAUUUGUGCCGGAGAGAGGCUGUUUACAUCAAAGAAAACAAGCAAUUUAAAUUUGAUUUUAUCGUAACUAACCUUUAAAGUCUUCUGGGUUUUCUACUUCAAGAAUUUUCCAUUGGCCACGUUUUUCCAUAGGGUCCAGCCUUCUGCCAUGUUAUCCAUCUUUUUCUCUCUCUUCCCUCCUCUUUCCUCUCCUCUCUGCUUUCCCGUAAUUGUGAUUGCUUUAUUAGGCAGAGCAACUUUCUUUUGAUAGCCCCUUGGUUUUAUAAAAUAGUAAUGUAACUUGUCAAGAUAUUUUCUAAAGCUAUGUAUUUUUUUAUGUAUUAAUAUUUUCUACUUACAUCACAUAUGCAGUGUCAUGUUAAAUAAAAUGAAACAAAAAUGGCAUAAAUUCCAGGGAAAACAAUGCCUGGCUGAAGUAUUUUGGAGAAAUAAUGUGACUAUCAAAAGGUAGGUGUAUUUGCAUGGAAGUAUAAAACAUUAAGAACUCCAGAGGCAAACAUUGCCAGUCUCUGUCCAAAUGCUCUUGAGGAAAGAAAAAAAUCUACCCUAGGGUUUAAGUAAUUCAUUCAUUCAGUUAUUCAUAUUCUUCCUCAAACGAUAAAAUUAGAAUUUGGCUAUUCUGGCUGUAACUAGUUGCUUUCUGUUUGGAAUUUCACAGAAUAGUUACUUUUAACUUGGAUACAUAUUUUCAAAUGCAACAAUUUAUCAUCCAAAGGUGAUGUUUAAUUAACAAGAAUUUUAUGUUCUGCAAAAUCUUUGACAUUUGAAGAAGGUAAGGGAGAGAGAAAAGUAUAAACUAAAACAAACACUAGCAUUUUCUUGAGAAAAUCUACAUAAAAUAGUGUCAUGUCUAUCUUGGUUUGAAUUUUCCAUAAGAGCCCUAACCUAUCAUAUAUGAUAUCCAUAAAUUUCAUAAUUGCCUGCAGUUAGGAUAAGUUCAGUAAAGGUUUUUGGAUGAUGGUAACCCAAUGUGUCAUUUCACUUUCACUGUCCUUUGUAUCAGUCAUCUUAUUUUAAGAAUUUAAAAUCUGGUCUAUGUACAAGGACAGACUUUCAGCUUACACAAAGUUCUUUGUAGGCAUGUGUGUUCAUUUAUUCAUCAAAUGUUCCUGAAUAUUUUGCACCAAGCACACUGCCAGGCACUGGGAAUAUGAAAAGAAGGGGUAAAACAUCACACUAGCCUUCCAGGUAUUGGAAGUCUAGAUGAAAGACAGAGGAAGAAAUACCAGGGUAUGUGAUAAGCACUAUAAUAGAGAUAUGCCCAGGAUGCUCAGGGAUGCAGGGAGAAUCAUCCUGCUCUUAUAUUCUGUUGGGAGAGCACAGGGAGAGGUGGUGGAUGUGAAGGGAAACAUGACAGAGGAGAAAGAUGAAGUGUGAGCUCAAUUUCAGGGAUGAUUUAGGGUUUGCCUGAUGACCGAAGUACAGUUAGCCAAGUGUGAGACACAGAGGAAUAAGAGUAUGGCAUAUUCAGUGCCUUAUGGAAGCCCUGGUGGCGUGGUGGUUAAGCGCUAUGGCUGCAAACCAAAAGGUCAGCAGUUCGAAUCUCCCUGGGUCCUCCUUUUAAACUCUAUGGGCCAGUUCUACUCUGUUCUAUAGGGUCGCUAUGGGUUGGAAUCAACUCGACAGCAGUGGGUUUUGGUAUGGCUGGAGAGGGGCUUUAAGUGAGAAUGGGGACAGGUGAACUAUGAGGCUGGGAAAGGAAGGUGGGAUGGUCUUGAACAUGACGCGAAGAGUUUAGAUUUUAGCCUGAAUAAACAGUUACAGAAAGAUCUUAAGAGAAAUAAGAGGGUGACCUGAUUAGAUUUAUCCCUCUGGAAGGGAAAGCCAAGGACAAUGUGGGGGCACAACCACAUACACCCAGAAGUCUCCCAUUCUCUGCAGGCCGUGUAGAUCCCUGAUGCUACUCCCGUUCUGUCUGGGAAAUUGCCAAACCUCAGCUCACGUGAAGGAGUAUCUACGGAUCAGUUUUUCAACCAUCUUUGGAAAUUGAGAGACUCUUGGCAGAGUACUGCUUAAACCACCCACACACAGAGAGAAUCCCCUCUCUGGUGCUUGUCCCUGGGGCCUUGAUAUAAGCGGAAGUGGUCUCCUUGUCUCCUUUAGGAGCUAUUUUAAGAGCUUUUUAAGCCUUUUGUUGAAACAGCUUCCUUUCCUGAACAUUCCCAACCCUGCUUUGACAUUACCGCUUCCAGCUCGUAUGCACCUUGGGAGGAAUCACCGUUGCUAUCAUCAGCUCACUUCUCCUUGCACCUCUUUCUGGAUGUUGUAGGUGCAGCUGUGCUGUUGGCUGCAAAUACAUUCACAUUUUUUUCCUAAGGCUUCAGCGCACUGUGUGAAAGUAGCAGUUCUGGAUCCAGACUUAGGGGGACUGGGAAGAAGUGAAGUUCAGCACACUGGUGCCAUUCAGUGAAUGUUAAACAACAUAAAGCAUGAUGAAAAAGGUGAAAGGAGACAUUGUAAACUACCUUUUAUUCCCUGGAAUUCUGAUCCCAGGAAAACUAAAAGCUGUAGAGCAUUCCCACCUCCCUACCCCUGCCACAGGUAUAAAGUGGCAGAAAUAGCACUUUAAAAAAAAAAAUCAAAAUUAUAUUUUGUUUUCAGGUUUCCACCAAAAACCUGGGACAAUAUUUCUCAUUGUCUUUCUGGUAGACACACAUCAGCCACUAUUUCUCCCCCAUUUUCAGUGGGUUAGGGCAUGAGGAGGUGCUUUUUCCUUCUCACUAAUGAUUUUUGCAGUAACUGAGUUUUAUAAGAUAGAAAAAUCUUUUGUGAGUCAAUCAUCCAGUGCACUUGAAAAUACUUAGGUUUUCUAUCUCUUCUUUUCUUUAUCAGAAAACCAUUUGCAGCCAAACCUUCUAUGAAUAGGGCUAAAUCGUACCCUAGAAUCAUUUUUAAUGUAUCUUAAAUAUUUAAAGGACAACCACCAGCAUCCCAGGAGCCCUGACACAGGUGUCAGCUUCCCCACUCGGGGUCAGCCAUCAGUCCUGCUAAUAGACCACCUCCAACAGCCUCUCUGUAUAAAGAAAUGUAAGGUUUAGUAUGAUUUUAUUCCAUUUAAUUAAAGAACAGCUGAAAAUCCUGUCUUGCAUUUUCAACACAUGGUUCCAAUUAGUGCCACAGAGCAGGACCUGAAUUUGAUAAAAGCAUUGACGGGUACCCUUGGUGCCUGUGCAAUGUACUCUUUCAUUUUACAAGAUGGCUACCUUUUUUAGAUAUUAACAAAAACUCAGAGGUAUGAGUUUAGAAAGAGGUGAAGAGAGGUGAGCACAAUUUUGUUUGAAUUGCCUGCUGUAGACUUUUAAAACCCUGCACGAAGGUAGCUUUUUUGGUAAAAUCUGCACUGGGCAUUCACAGGUUGUGUGCAAAAAGCAUUAUGCUUCAUGAGACUUAAACUCAGAUGCCAUCACAUGGGAUAUCCAUCACCUCAGGAAAUACCACUUACUGUACUUUAAAUGUGCUUAACAGGGUCAAUCUGCACAAAAGGCAAUGGAAAUCUCCAUUCAAAUAAAUUGUUUCAGACCUCGCUAUAACUGGUGGGACAUCUGCCUUCAAUGGGCCUUUUCCUUAGUAAGUUUUGGAAGUUCAUAUAUUUUUAAAUAGUAAGGUAAAACUGGUGCCUCACAAUCUAAUUAGAUGGGAAAUGCUUAAUUUAGUUCAUCACAUCUUACCUCUUGCUAAAAUAAAGGGAGCUAGGCAGGAGGAAGAUGAGAGAAAAUAUGUGAAGUGUUUUAUAACUGUUUCACAUGGUGUGUGUUCCACGCUGUAUGUAUCAGGAGCAAUGGGAUGAUUUUCCACAGCAGGUCAUGGGAAAGCAUGAUGUCUUCGGUCCCAGGUGUGCAAAACACUUAUACGGUUAUAGGGCCCUGCAUGAAGGCUGGAAACAAACCUCUUUGUGCCUGGCUUUCAUUUUCACAGCUACCAUUCAAUUAUUGGUUCAUAAUGCACAAACUAAAGAAAUGUGCUGAUCAAGAACAGUAAACUUUGUCCCUUAGACUCACUACCAAAUGUCUUAUUCUGAAAUAUCAUCCAAAAAUGCCACAAUAAGAACAAAACUAUGAACAGACUAAAACUCAGUGAAUGGAUUCCUUAUAAUAAAUGUCAACUUAAGAGAAAAAAUAAUAAUAGUUGAAAUGGUCUUCCUGCCCAAGACUGUGUACCAACAGAUUUACUACAUCUCCUCCCUUGGUUCUCACAAAUAUAAAAUGGAGUUUCCCACUUUUCUAGAAGAGGGCCCAAAUAGUAACUGCCAGAAACCCUACAGGCAUGUCCUUACUUGUCCCCUCUCUCAGCUUCUGCCCUCUGCUGACCAUUGGGUAUAUACUUUCAUUGGACCAUAUAGAGAAAAGUAUGUCAUCUCCAAUUACUCUUUUUAACAGCCCCACACACUCUCACUUCAAUUUGCCUUAAUAAUACAUAGAUGAUUAUUCUCUAUCACUAGUGAAUAAUUUUAGUUUUAGAAUAUUUCUAAAUAAAUAAAAAAUUUCUAAGUUAUCUCUAAAUCACAAAUGCAACCAUGCUGCAGGUAAAAUUCCCAUUCUCAAGCCCACUCCAAUCAAGCCAUCGUUUUCACCAAUUCACAAAUAGUUCUUAUCAAGGUCAGAAAUUCAAUGGCAAUUCCUAAGUCUCAAUCUUAGUGCAACAUAUUACUUUAAAUACAUGUACUCUGGUUCAUCACUCCCUCCUGGUUCUCUUCCUAUUCUACUGGCUAUUCUUCUUUACUCCUUAUAAGUAUCCUUUUCUGCCUCCUUCUAAUUUUCCCAAAAAAGGUCUUGUACCUCAUCUCUACAUUUGUCCUCUAGGUGGUCUUACCUAGUUCAAUGAGUUUAAGUGGUUUUAUACACCAAAAAAUGCCAACUGCCUGCUGGACCUCUCUAUUUGUAUGUCCAAUAGACAUGUUAUAUCUAGCAUUAAAAUCUUUCAUUUUCCCCUCAAAUAUGCUUCUUCACUCGUCUUUCCAAUUUCAUAAAUGGCAAUUCCAUUUGAUUAGUUGCCAAAGACCAAAACUUUUAGAGACAUCCUCAUUAAUUUAUCUGUUUUUCUUACCACCUACAUCUAAUUCAUUAGCAAAACACGCUCAAAAUCUGGUUCCUUUUACUGCCCUAGCAUUAGGAUAAGCUCCCAUCCUCUUUGACCUGGAUUAUUGCAGUAACCUCCUAACCAGUUUCACUACAAUCUCUUCACUGAGUAGCCAUGACCAUUUUAAAAUGCCAGUUCAUGUUUCUUCUCUGUUCAGAGCUCUCCCAUACCUUCUCUGUAUACUCAAGUGAAAGCCAAGAUCUUUACCGUAGGGUACAAAGCUCUAAUAAUCUACCCCAACUCCAUCUAUAGUGGAGUGAAUUACUUUUAUAUGGCCGUUCUAGCCAUGGUCUUGUAACUCCCCAAAAAUGAUUAGCUGGCCACAAUCUUGCAAGGGAUUGGUCGAUUACUAUGCAAACUGAGUGACUUACAGUCCACUGAGGGGAUUGGCCAGUUUGUGGUCCUGAUGGGAGAGCCAUACCUUAAAAUUCAGAGUUUGUUUAAUAAGGGCCAAUCCCACAGAGGUUCAGGGGGGACCUCGAUACCAUCCAGAAGGGUUUGGGGCAAAGUUUGUCCUUUGGACCAAUGACCUCGGGUCUCUGCCCUGAAAACCUCCUAGACCAAGAAGAACGAAGACAUCAUGAGAUGCAAGAGACAGCAGUGGAGGGCCUGCCAGCAAGAGCACCUUCAGGUAGGAAGCAUGCUGGCAGAGCUAAAAGAGCUAUAACACUUGUCUGUUCAGGGCAGAGGCGUGAGUGUGCCCUGUGCAGAGGUUGCCUUGAAGGAUCCUGUGCAUGUGUCUUCCUACAGUAGGGCAGAGCCAGGAGCCUCAGGGCAGGAGGCUUGCCAGCAAAACUAAAGCAGCUAUAACACUUGCUUGUGCAGGGCAAGAGAUGUCUGAGCAUGCCUCAUGUGUUGUAAAUCCUAACCCCUAUAUCUGUGUUCCAAUAUGUCUGUCAGUUUGUCCUACUGGGAUGGCUUUCAUGUUGCUGUGAUACUGGAAGCUUUGCCACCCUUAUUUCAAAUACCAGCAAAGUCACCCAUGUUAGACAAGUUUCAGCAGAGCUUCCAGGCUAAGACAGACUAGGAAGAAGGACCUGGCCGUCUAUUUCUGAAAAAAAUGGCCAGUGAAAAACUUAUGAACAGCAAUGGAACAUUGUUUGAUAUAGUGCCAGAGAAUCGGCCCCUCAGCAUGGAAGGCAUUCAAAAUACAACUAGGAAAGAGCUGCCUCUGCAAAGUAGAGUCAACCUUAAUGACGUGGAUGGAUUCAAGCUUUUGGGACCUUCAUUUGCUGAUGUGGCACAACCCAAAAUGAGAAAAAACAGCUGCAAACAUCCAUUAUUAUUCACAAUAUGGAAUGUAUGAAGUAUGAGUCCAAGAAAAUUAGACAUGCUCAAAAAUGAAAUGUAAAGCAUAAUCAUCUAUAUUCUAGGCAUUAGUGAGCUGAAAUGGGUUGAUAUUAGCCAUUUUGGAUCAGACAAUCAUAUGGACUACUAUGCCGAGAAUGAGAAAUUGAAGAGGAAUGGCAUCACAUUCAUCAUCAAGAAGUACAUUUCAAGAUCUAUCCUGAAGUACAAUGCUGUCAAUGAUAGGUUAAUAUUCAUAGGCCUAUAAGGAAGACCAGUUAAUACAACUAUUAUUCAAACUUAUGCACCAACCACUAAGGCUAAAGAUGAAGAAAUUGAAGAUUCUUAUCAACUUCUGCUCCUUGGAAACUCUAUGGGGCAGUUCUACUCUGUCCUAUAGGGUCGCUAUGAGUCAGACUCGACGGCACUGGGUGUGGUACUGGGUAUCAACUUCUGCAGUCUGAAAUUGAUAAAGCAUGCAGUCAAGUUACAUUGAUGAUAACUGGAGAUUGGAACACAAAAGAUUGAAAUGAAGAAGGAUUGGUAGUUGGAAAAUAUGGACUUGGUGAUAGAAAUAAGGCAGGAGAUCAGAUGAUAGAAUUUUGCAAGACCAACGACUCCUUCAUUGCAAAUACCUUUUUUCACCAACGUAAACCAUGACCACACACCUGGACCUCACCAGACGGAAUACACAGGAAUGAAAUCGACUACAUCUGUGGAAAGAGAUGAUGGAAAAGCUCAGUGUUUUCAGUCAGAACAAGGUCAGAGACUGACUGUGGAACAGAUCAUCAAUUGCUAAUAUGUGAGUUCAAGUUGAAGUUGAAGAAAAUUAGAACAAGUCCACAAGAGCCAAAGUGCAACCUUGAGUAUAUCCCACCUGAGUUUAGAGACCAUCUCAGGGAUAGAUUUGAUGCGUUGAACACUAAUAACCGAGGACUAGAUGUGUUGUAGAAUGAUAUCAAGGGCAUCAUACAUGAAGAAAGCAAGAGGUCAUUAAAAAGAGAGGAAAGAAAAAAAAGACCAAAAUGGAUGUCAAGAGACUCUGAAAGUUGCUUUUGAACAUGAGUAGUUAAAGCAAAAGGAAGAAAUGAUGAAGUAAAAAAGCGGAACAGAAGACUUCACAGGGCAGCUGGAGAAGACAAAGUAAAGUAUUAUAUAAUGGCAUAUGCAAAGAUCUGGAGAUAGGAAGCCAAAAGGGAAGAACAUGAUCACCAUUUUUCAAGCUGGCAAAACUGGAGAAAAAAUUCAAGCCUCAAGUUGCAAUAUUGAAGGAUUCUAUUGGGAAAAUAUUAAAUGACACAGGAAACAUCAAAGAAGGUGGAAGGAAUACACAGCGUCACUGUACCAAAAAGAAUUGGUUGACAUUCAGCCAUUUCAGCAGGUAGGAUAUGAUCAAGAACCUUUAGUACUGAAGGAAGAGGUGCAAACUGCGGUGAAGGCAUUGGCAAAAAACAAGUCUCCAGGAAUUCAUGGAAUUCCAGUUGAGAUGUUUCAACAAACGUAUGCAGCCCUGGAAGUGCUCUCUUGUCUAUGCCAAGAAAUUUGGAAGACAGCUACCUGGCCAACUGACUGAAAGAGAUUCAUAUUUGUACCCAUUCCAAAGAAAGGUGGUCCAACAGAAUGUGAAAUUAUCAAACAAUAUCAUUAAUAUCACACACAAGUAAAAGUUUGCUGAAGAUCAUUCUAAAGUGGCUGCAGCAAUACAUCAACAGGAAAUUGCCAGAAUUUCAAGCCAGAUUCAGAAAGGGACGAGGAACAAGGAAUAUCACUGCUGAUGUCAGAUGGCUGAAAGCAGAGACUACCAGAAAGAUAUGUACCUGUGUUUUAUUGACUCUGCAAAGGCGUUGGACUGUACGGAUCAUAACAAAUUAUGGAUUACAUUGUAAAGAGUGGGAAUUCCAGCACACUUCAUUGUGCUCAUGAGGAAACUCUACUUAGACCAGAAGCAGUAGAUCAAACAAAACAAGGGGAUACUGUGUGGUUUAAAGUCAAGAAAGGUGUGCAUCAGAGUUAUAUCCUUUCCCCAUAUUUAUUCAAUCCGUAUGCUGAGCAAAUAAUCCGAGAAGCUAGACUGUAUGAAGAAGAUUGCGGCAUCAGGAUUAGAGGACGACCCAUUAACAAUCUGCAAUAUGCAGAUGACACAACCUUGCUUGCUGAAAGUCAAGAGGACUUGAAGCACUUACUGAUGAAGAGCAAAGACCACAACCUUCAGUAUAGAUUAAACCUCAUAAUAAAGAAAGCAAAAAUCCUCACAACUGGGCCAAUAAGCAACAUCAUGAUAAAUGGUAAAAAUAUUGAAUUUGUAAAGGAUUGCAUUUUACUUGGGUCCACAGUCAGUGCCCAUGGAAGCAGCAGUCAAGAAAUCAAACAGGGCUUUGCAUUGGGCAAAUCUGCUGCAAAAGAUCUCUUUAAAGUGUUAAAAAGGAAAAAUGUCACUUUAAGGACUAAGGUGUGCCUGACCUAAGCCAUGAUGUUUUCAGCCGCCUCAUAUGCAUGUGAAAGCUGAACAAUGAAGAAGGAAGGCCAAAGGAGAACUGAUGUCUUUGAAUUAUGGUUUUGGUGAAAAAUAUUGAAUAUACCAUGAACUGCCAGAAAAAGGAACAAAUCUGUCUUGGAGGAAGUACGGCCAGGAUGCUCAUUAGAAGCAAGGAUGGAAAAACUUAAUCUCACAUACUCUGGACAUGUUAUCCAGAGGGACUAGUCCCUGUAGAUGGAUUGAUGCAGUGGCUACAACAAUGGGCUCAAGCAUAUCAAAAAUUGUGAGGAUGAUGCUGGACCGGGCAGUGUUUCCUUCUGUUGCAUAUAGUGUCAGUAUGAAUUGGAAUAGACUAGACUGCACCUAACAACAAUAACAACAUACCUGUGGUUAUAAUCCCAUUUGGGAAAGGGUUUUCUUAGUUAUGCUAAUGGAGCAGUAUUAGUGUAAGGUGUGUCCUAAGUCAAUCUCUUUUGAGAUAUGAAAGAGCGGAUUGAGCAAGGAAGCAGAGAUAGGGGAAGACAUGCCACAGCACAUGAGCUCUCAGAGGAACCAAGAAACAGAAACCGAGACAAGGUCCUUCCCCCAGAGCCAACAGAGAGAGACAGCCUUUCUCUAGAGCCAGAGCCCUGAAUUCGUACUUCUAGUCCCCUAAACUGUGAGAAAAUAAAUUUCUGUUUGUUAAAGCCACCCACUAGUGAUAUUUCUGUUAUAGUAGCUCUAGAUCUAUUCUGUCCUAUAGAGUCGCUAUGAGUCGGAAUCAACUCGAUGGGUCUGAGUUUAGAUCACUAAGACGUAACUUAUAAAAACCUAGCAUGUUACUUAUGUUUGUUUAUUGACAAAUUCUCACCAGAUUGUAAACACAAUUAGAAGAGGAACUUCCUCUGUUUUACCCACUUCUGCAAUCUUCAUGCUCAGAGCAGUGCUAGGUAUACAGUAGAAGCUCAAUAGGUAUGUUUUGACUUAAUGAUCUACAUUCGUAUGAUGAUAACCACAGCAGCUGUAAGGCAUAGUAAGGUAUGUUUAUUGGGCUCACUAAAAGUUUAGUAGAACCUAUCCUUUACUAUAUCUAAUUUGAAAGGCUGUCCAAAGUACAGGAUCAGACUCUUGAAGCAUGGCUAGCUCUCAGGUUUUAUAUUUCCAUGUAUAACCAUCAAUGUGUGGCUAAAAAUGAAAUUGUAUUAACUUUGAAUACCCAAAAUAAAGGUCCAUGUCUUUAGUCUAUGUGACUGCUGGGCUCUUCUCUCUGCAAAUCCAUCCUGGUCAUGGUUUACCAUGACAGCCAGCCAGCCACCUGGCUCAGGUCUUAAGUCUCUGCUCCUCCCAUGGGCCACUGCUCACUCAUCUAUCUCUCCAAACUAGGUUCCCUUAAGUUACUGUUGUCCCACUGUACUACUUCAUCAUCAAAGAGGGGAUCAAGCCUUCUCUUGAUUCCCUACAGCACAGCAGGCUGUCACUUUAAAUAAGUCCUUAUCAAGAUUUCCAAAGACCUUUAUGUUACUAAAUCUGAUGACCAUUUUUCAGUCUUUAUCUUAUUCACACUGACAAAACUGAUUUCCUGAAAACCUGAAAGGUUAGGGAUAAUGCAAGUGAAGUAAAAUUUAGUUUACCGCAACCAGACAUGUAGGGAAUCACCAGUUACAUGUGGCCGCGUUACAGGAGGCAGCUUAUCAACAUGACAUACGCCCAGCACACAAAUACACAUACCCUUCAAUAAGUGUCUCCUUGACCAUGUCUACCCUCCCAGCCCAUUCACCCUGAGGCUCCAGGCAACAAAGAAGUCCCUCUGCUCCUCAACCUGAAACCUGCUGCUGGGGCCAUCAUUGCAUAUUCCAGGAUCUGCCUCUGACAAGUCUGUUGCCGUCAAGUCGAUUCUGACUCAAAGCGACCCUAUAUGACAGAGUAGAACUGCCACAUGGAAUUGCCAAGGAGUGGCUGGUGGAUUCAAACUUCUGGCCUUUUGGCUAGUAGCCAAGCUCUUAACCACUGUGCCACCGUGGCUCCAUCAAAGAUGAUCGAUUAAAAAUUCUCCAAGGGAAGCCCCACACCCUGCCUCAGAGUUGGCUAUAACCUAUGGACUUCGGGAGGCACAUAGUUCAACAUCAGUAUAUUUCCUCAAAACUAGGGCUAUUCAGUCAUUUAUUUUACCAAGCAUGGGGCAUCUGCAGUCCAGUCUAGGCUGUACCAAGCCCAGUCCAGAAACUUAUCCAAAAUGACAAGUUCAGGUGUACCCAACUUUCCUGAAGUCUUUGAAUUUUCUGAUUCUAAGAUUGUGACAUAUCAGGAUAAAUACAUAAACAAACAAUACAAAAUAACACAUAAACACAUGCACUUAUGUUCACACACACGUGUAUGAGAGCCUGCAUUUUCUCAAAGUCUCCCCAAGAAUAAACAAUAAAUAUGCUAUCAGAAAACAGCAUAAAUCCAAAUAAAAAAAGAAAUAUUUUCUGCCCUAGACUCUGCACUCCUGCUCCUCAAAAAGUGUCUACAGAGAACAGAGCUCUGUCUGAUCAUACCCAAUUUAUGUGACUAAAUAGCAGAGCCAUUCACUCGGUUUAAAAUGUCUGCAUCUAGGUUAUUAUUUCUCCUUCAGAAACAAGGGAGUAUUUACUUUCUUUAUUUUGUGGAACCAAAAGACAUAUUGGGUUGGUUUGCCAGAUAAAGAAGAUGUCUGCUCUAGGUCCUCACUUCUUGGGAUAUAAAAAAAAAUUCUUGCAGCUUCAAAAUGUCAGAUUCCCAAGCAUCUGCCUAUUGGUGUCCAAAUUUUUUGAAGAACAUCCUCAUGCAGAAAACCCCAUUACAUAUGAUUUGCUGAGUUUUUGUGGUUUGUACACAUUAUUUCUCCAUAAUCUGGGGUUUCUUUAUCUAUUAGAUAACAGUAAUGCUUUGAAUACAAAGGCUUUUCAUGCUGUACAAUAAAUUUUUACAACCUUUCUUAAUUGUGAAAUGAUACUGUUUCUAGAAUAGUGAUGGGAAUAAUUUCCUAACUGUAGGAACCUGAUUAGGCAGAAAUUGUAAAAAGGCUCAUCAUGUGGUUUCUUAGAGUGGCCUAUAACAAGUUAACUCUGGUUAGAUGCCCUUUAAAUAAACUCUGU